GGAAAAGUGAUCACAUAGAAGCGACUAUUUGCUAUAAACACAGGACUACGAGCGAGGCAGCCAAAAGCAAGUUAUGGAUCACUAUUCAGGAUGGAAAAUAGAACCAAAAUUCUCCAACAAAGUUCUCAUUGGAAACUGGGUAGAAGAAAGGAAAAAGUUUAGGACAAGACGUCAACCAAUGCAAGACAGUUGCUACAAUAUAGACUUUGUCAAUUUCCCAGACAGCAAGCCAGACUGGAUUUUCACCCGGUCCAUUGUGAAAAAAAUGGAGGGUUUGCCAAAAUGCCUUUUACUGUCACAUCAUGGAGAAGCCAAGCAUAAACAUCUAGUAUCACAUUAUGAUGAUCAUUUUUUAAGACCUGGCAACUCCACAUUGCCCACUCUUCGAAGCUACGAUGGCAACCGUCUAGCCUGGGUUCCAGAACGUUCCGAUUAUCCCACUGCAGAUCCUCCUACAAACUUUGGUCUUUUACAAGCAAAGGAAAAACAAUGGAGAGAAAAAUUUUCUGAAGAGCCCAGAAGUCUUUAUUCUGCUUCUUAUAAGCAGCCACCCACCUCUGCAUAUAACACCAUGCGAUUUGGUGUAGCACCCCGUGUUCUGUCCAGCACCAUGUAUCCAAGCAAUAACAACAAUAAAAGCAUGAACUUCAGAGAAUAUAGGCACUUGCAGGUUCCGGGAUUCCCUGUACAUCACACUCAUAUAAACCAGCCAGCUGGGUCUAUGGCUUAAUCCUUCUAGACAUUUGCUGGUUACCAACUACCAAUUAUUGCAGUCACACUGAACUGCCUGGUUAUGUUAUUAAAGCCACAUUAAAACAAA